UCUCAUUCUAGGGCUUUUUUUCUUCUUCUUUGUUUAGCUUUUCAAUUUUUGUUUCUUUUUUCUUGCCAGGGAAAUUCAAGAAGGAAAUGACAAGGAAUUAGAUGAUGUUUCCUAAAGUCCACACAAAUCAAGAAAAGAAAUUAUGAAAACAUCAAAUAAAAUAAGGGAAGUUAGAAAAUACAAGAAAUCAUUAGCUCCACGUUUAAGAUGGACUCCACAACUUCAUCAUCUCUUCAUUCAAUCUGUUCAAAAUCUUGGUGGAAGAAAUAAAGCAACUCCAAAGAGAAUUGUGCAGGUGAUGGCCAUAAAGGGAUUGAAGAUUUCUCAUGUUAAAAGUCAUCUCCAGAUGUACAGAAACAUGAGGGAGCAUCCAAGCCUCCAUGUUGUGAUGCCAGAUUUCAAUUUGUCUUCACCACUGCAUGUGUCAAAAACAUUAAGAGAACAUCAAAAUGGUGAAAGUAUCCAUUACAAUGAUUACCAGGAAGCAGAAGGAAGUAUAAGUAGUGGAAUGACAAAGGAGGAAGAAGAAGAUAAUUCUGGUGAAAUAUACAAGUAUAGUGAAACCAGUACUCACAUUAAUCUAGAUUUAUCUCUCUCUUGAUCAUUUUUUUUGUUUUUAAUUAAUUAAUUAAUUAUGUGAGUAUAGAAUUAAAUAGUCC